GCGUGAGCUCCUCAGUGAAGUCCGACGAGAGAGAAUGACUCCCGGCAUUAGCCAAUUUUCCUGGCCAGACAUUAGUACGAUGAAGAAAAUCUGGAUCGGCAAGUGCUUAUUUCUACGGGAGCAGCUGGCGUCCAGCCUUUACGGUGGGGCUUUGGGAAGUGCUAUCACACGUACUUAUCUUCAGUGAUGCAUGGCGAUUUUGGUAAGUGAAUCCGAUGGAUUAGCUUGCUAUAGACACAAGUAAGUACUUAACUGUGUGCAGAGAACUUUUUGAGUGGGGUUUUAUUGCUACUGGCGAAACCGAGUGUUUCGUGCACUACGCAACCCCGCGUUCGGCUUCAGGCAUAGCUCGUUGCUGGUCACACCAAGACUACGUUGCCUAAUGCUUGGCAAUGACGCCGCCGCAAAUUUUUAAAAAUAACAGCGCAUAAUCCACGAUGCAUACCGUGAGACAAAAUGGUUGCCCUCUGAAUUGUUAUAAUCUAUACUGAAAGGCACUGUUGGCGCCGGAUUCAGACAAUGCAUGGGGGUAGACGUCAGGCUGAGGACCGCGGGCGCGAACGGCCAUGCGCGUAAAAGUGCAGGAUGCAAAGAUGGCAGGUCUUCCAUUUGUUUUUUCGUAUCUUCGGUUCAAAGUGAACUUUCUGUUUACCUCGGACGUUUCAAAGAUGGCAGAGACGUUAGCAAGCGAAGCCCACGUCGCCGAAUGGGCUGACCGGCUCAUUAAACAACACAAAGUUGUUGUCUUUUCCAAAAGCAACUGCCCGUAUUGCCGAAAAGCAAUCGAGGCGUUUCAGUCUGUCAAAGCGAAAGACAUGCAUGUCGAGGAAAUCGAGGGUAGCCCUUACAUGGACGCCAUCCAAGAUUAUAUGAAGCAGCAGACGGGGGCCCGCUCCGUCCCUCGUGUUUUCAUCGGCGGUCAGUUUCUGGGAGGCGCAGAGGACACGAUACGUGCCAAAGCUGAUGGCACCCUCGUCGAAAAGCUUCGAGCGGCCGGGGCUCUGUAGUCAUCUUUUGGUGACAGAAUGUACAGCUCGCUUUUGUAAGACAACUUGGAAUGCAGAGUGUCGCUGCAAUCCUCGAGGCUGUCAAUUUUCAGGGGUGUGCGUGUUUCUCAUGCACUGCCAUUACGUCGUGUGCUAUUUCUGAACCGACUGGAAGCUUGAUCCCGUGACCAGAAAUGGUACAGGAUGUUUAUGUUAAUGCUUUUUGAUGCGUGGCAGUUUGGGUGACCUUCGUAUGUGGACUUCGAAGAUGGUGACUGUAACUUCUAUCGCCGUGCGUGGAUUUGUCAAUUGUCCCAGAGGGGGCUCCGAUGACACGGAAUUCAGAAAUGACCAACUGCCAGAGAAGGAUUUAGUAUGACGAACACAUACUUUGUUCACUCCUCCCAAGGAGUUCUCUCCAGUUCCAGUUUUUGAGAUAAGCACUCUGGCAUGAAGCGCAUCCGUACGAUUUCGAGCGUUGUAUGGCUGGAAUACAUCUGUCUGAAAGGUUCAUGGGCUCUGUUUUUUGAGCGGCGAACAUUCUCAUGGACGGAUUCAUUUGUAAAGCAUCGUUUGCUUGUU